AUGUUCUGGGUGAAGACAAUCUUGCUACCACCCGUCGCCAUCGGAAUGACAGUUUGGGUCGCUGUCAAAGCAGGCGGUAAUGGCACUUUCUUUACACGUCCGGCCUCGGUGCAUGGCGCUGAAAGGGCCUGGCUCUGGUUAUCAAGCAUGACUAGCAUUACUGGUGGAUACAGCACCCUCGCUGUCAAUAUUCCCGACUUCUCCCGCUUCAGUAAGGAUCCUACAGCGCAAUACUGGCAGAUGCCGGUAAUCCCUUUCUUCAAGACUAUGGUCGCUCUUAUGGGGAUCGUUUCUGCAUCCGCAGCCCAAGAGAUCUGGGGCACAGCCUAUUGGACGCCACUACAGAUCAUCGAUACCUGGGAUACGCCUGGUGGCCGGGCAGCAGCCUUCUUCUGUGCUUCCAUCUGGUUGCUUGGGCAGCUUAGCGUCAACAUUAGUGCGAAUGCCGUCUCUUUUGCCAAUGACGUCACGACGCUAGCGCCAAAGUACGUCAACGUACGUCGCGGAUCCAUUCUCGUCGCAUUUAUCGGCGGCUGGGCGCUAUGUCCUUGGAUCAUCGUGGCGUCUGGCAAGGCGUUCCUCAACUUCAUGAGCGCAUAUGCCAUCUUCAUGGCGCCCAUGGCAGGCAUCCUCUUCACGGACUACUGGCUGGUGAAGCACAGGAAGUACGACGUCCCCGCUUUGUACGACCCAAGAGGCAUCUACCGAUACGGUCGCUACGGUACAAACUGGCGAGCUGUUGUCGCAACGUUCGUUACCAUCAUCCCUCUGUUGCCAGGCCUGGCCAACAAAGUCAAUCCGGAGUUGAAGCUCUCGGCCGGUCUCCAGAACCUCUUCACGUUUAACUGGCUUUAUGGGUUUUUCCUGUCCAUCUUCUUGUACUACUUCUGCAAUCUGUUCUUUCCUGCUCAAGAAACCCUCAUUCCGCGCAUCGUUACGGGGUUUGGGUAUCUGGAUGGAAUCGAGGUUGACAGUGAGGCUGAGAGCUUGUCGCACGGUGGCGAGGCUAAAGCUAUGCCUGAGGCUAGAGUGUCUCCUCGGUCUUCCAGCCAGGCUCAUGACAUCAGUAACUAG